AUGAAUCGAUACCGGAACGCACCAGGCAUCAGAGGCCCUACCAAGGCGACUGCCAGUACUCUUUGUCAGAAAUGCUUGAAACGAGAUAAUUAUGAAUGCACGGUGUCUGCACAGGAACGGCCAUAUACAACUCGACCUUCUCGCACACAACAACUGCAAAACCCCAAUCUGCGACCGAAACUGACGACUGAUGUUCCAAACGAACUGAGAGGUGUCGCCGAUGAGAUAUUAGCAAGACGAGGAGAGGAACGAGGUCGCAAGAGGGAGCUAGGAGAUUCAGAUCCGUUUAAUGACAGUCAUCAUGCAGCGAAGCGGAGUAGAUCAGAGUCAUCUCAUUCAAUGUCGUCCGUUUCAACGAUAUCGACCAGUCGAUCGCAUUCAGUUUCACCGCCACGACAUGAACUUUAUACUGAAAGUAGGGGGCGAGACCGAGCACAAUCAAUGUCGUCGCCUCAACCACAAUCAAGAAAGAGGCGAUACAGUGUCUCAUUAUCCUAUCAUACUGACUCUUCAUUCUCUUCCGGUGGGCGACAGCGCUCUCGGUCGAGGGAAUGGGAGACAGACAGAAACACAAGACGAAGACGUCGGGAAUCUAGCCCUGAAGAGCGUGGUCGACCUAGGAACAUUUCUGAAGACGGCAGCCGGAGGGGUAGGACACGAAGCUUAAGUAUGGAUCAGAGUCGAAUUGCCAAAGAAAGGCUGUCGGCGACUCCAGAUACAGUGAAGGGACGGCACCAUCCAACAAGAGAGUCAAGGGGAAACCUGAGCCGGUCGAGGCAUCUGGACCGCCAGCGCGAUCAUGCCUUCAGCAGACCUACAUCCGGUUCAGCGCGAAAGGAAAGGAGCCUCAGUCCUUACAGUAAGCGUCUAGCGCUGACUCAGGCCAUGAACAUGGAACGCUGA